AUGACGARAAUCACUCGCAAUGCCCGACCAUGUCCGUCCCAAUCCCAAUCCAUCGAAGUCAUUUUCAUCCGCGGUCUGGUCACGGCGGGAACAUGUCGCCGGCACCGAGCGAAAGAGGAGGAAGAGGGGAAGAAGAGGAGGAAUGGGCUCCAACGUCGUCCAUACUCCACUCCACCCCAUCCUCAUCCUCAUCCUCCCUCUCCCUCCCCACAAAUCAGUCGCGAGGAAUACCACGAUCUGGUGGACAUUUACCAUGACCGCCAUUCUCAAGAACAAGACCAGGAACAAGCCCAACCAUAUUAUCCGCUGGCAUCCCGUCUGACCCUCACUCCCGCUCAGGAAUCCCAACAAGAGGACUCCCCACCAACGCACCGCGUCCUCGCCCUCGACCUCCCCCAAGACCACCCAGAUCACGAAACGCACCUCCGAGCCCUCAAAUCCCUCCGCCGCCUUCUCAAUCAACCCCUCGGCCACAUCUCCCUCAACCUCCUCUGGUCGACCUACUUGACCCUCCCAUCGCCACAACCCGUCUACCUCACCCCCAACACCCUCACCCGCAUGUUCAACCACUUGACCUGGACCGAGUUCAAAAACUCCCACGACGCCGCCAUGUCCCGCUACUUCUCCCUACUCARUCAAGUCCUCGAUGCCCGUCCCAACGAGAAGCUAGACGCCACCGUCUGGAAUUCCGCCAUCAGUUUCGCCGGACGUUGGAUGCGCCAUGUCACCUCCGAGGAGGUCAAGAGUGCCGUGAGCGUGUGGAUGAGGAUGGAGCAGGGAGGGGUACAAGCUACGGAAGUCACGUUUAAUAUCCUCUAUGAUUUGGCCGUCAAAGCCGGCAGGUUCGCUUUGGCCGGGACCAUUGAGCAGGAAUUGAAGACGAGAGGUUUGCCCCUCAAUCGAUUCUUCCGCACCAGUGUCAUUUAUCAUGCCGGUAUGCGGAGGGAUGGCGAGGGCGUGCGCGCCGCCUUUCGGGAAUUGGUCGAAGCCGGGGAGAUUGUGGAUACGGCCGUGUUGAAUUGUGUCAUUCUCUCCUUACUGCGAGCCGGGGAACCGGGAGCGGCGACUUCCGUCUUUUUGCGCAUGAAGAAACUCCACGAAGAAAAGUUUGGAGGCGACGCGUUGAAAGAUUGGAGGGAAUGGAAAGCUACGGGCCUCCGCCUGGAUGCCGAAGCAAAACGCUUGCGAGACGAGGAAAGUCGGCACGAAAGUUCCUUCUUCGGCGGCACAUUCAGUUCGAGGGGAAAGAGGGAUGCGGUGCAGCAGUCUGCUCCGAUUGAACCCGACGCCAGAACUUAUCGCAUCCUCAUUGCUUGGUCGGUGGAAUGUGGUGAGUUGGCACGGGCCAGGGAAUUGGUUGAGGAGAUGCGAGGGAGGGGAUUUCACGUGUAUGGCGGUGUGUGGGUGGGGUUUCUGAGAGGGUUUGCCAAGUUUGGAGGAUAUGUGGGUGGGGAGUGGAAUUGGAGGGUUUUGGAGGAGAUUUGGGGGGAGACGAUGGGGAGUUUGGACGAUCCUCCUCCUUCUUCUCCUUCUCCUUCUGAUCAUGAUGAUGACAAUCUUGGGGAACAGUUUGCCGAAAUGAAAGAGAAAGAAGAAGAAGAAGAAGAAGAAGAAGAAGGUCCUCCCAUUAUGGAAACGCUUCGACCGACGUACUUCACUCGAUCGCUGGCUUUCGCGGCCGUGAAUGCUUUUUACAAGUGUAUGGGCAGGAAGCGUAUGUUGGAGGUUUGGAAGGGGGAUGUGGAAUGGAGGUGGAUCGCUCAAGGGGGCGUUAGUGAGGAGGAUUUGGAAAGGGUGAGGCGCGUUGUGGAUCGUUUGAGGAGUAUGGAUGAGGAGGAGGACGUUGAGGAAAGGGAUGGUGGUGAUGAUGGUGGGGGUGGUGGUGAUGGAAGUAGUGGUGAGGGAGGGAGUGAUGGUAGUGAUAAAGGACCCCACCGCUCCCAACAGCAGCCUUCCGAACCUCUUUAUACACCCUUCUAA